UCCCAUGAAAUUGCCCUAUUUUCGUAUAGGGAUGUCAAAUUUCUUAUUUAUCGAUAUUAUUUUAAAUACUUUCGGUAUUUAAUUAGUUGUUAGUUUGUUACUUGCUUUAUUUUAUAAGAAUGUGCUGUUGCUGCUAAAAUGGUCUCCAAGGUCAAGACUAUAUCAUAUGUUAAAUGCCAUUCCAAAUACUUCCAUAUAACAUUGUUUGACCUUGAUUAUAUGUUAAAUGCAAAACGAAAAGAAUUUUAUUAAAUGUCCAUUCGGUUCAUAGCAUUGUCAUUGUGAUCUUUAAAUGACCUUGAUUUCAAACACUUCCCUCCAGAUAAUUCCUUGUAUGAACUUUAUGGUUCCAUCCGUGAUCCGUGUUCAAUCAUCCCAUUUGUGUUGAAGGUAGAUAUACAAUUCAUAACUUCAGUCAAACGGGUUUAAAAAGUUCCAUCCGUGUUCAAUUAGCCAAUUUAUUAUUUAAACUUGCUAACUUUAACUUCAUACUUAAUAUAUAGGUUUUCCAACGGGUUUAGAAAGUUCACAUUAUGUUCAAUUCAAGUCAUCGGUUCUAGGUUUUCUGUCAAUUUUUAAUUUACAUUUACUAAUAUAUCAUGAGUUUCAUAUGAGGUUAAAUAGCUUAGUUCUAAAAUUAAUAUUGUAGAAAAUUUACAUACACAAAUGAAUAUCUAAUAUCUUUAUUAAAUAUAAUAUCUCAGUUUGCUAUUGAGGUGUUAUAUACUUUAAAAAAAUUAAUUUAGUAUAUUGAAAUGAUAACGUUUUAAAACAAAAAUUGCAAAAAAUAAAGUCCAAAUAGAAAUUAAUAUGUAAAUAAAGGGAGUGUCAUGUGAAUAGAAAUAUAGUUUGAGUGUUAUUUAUAAAUGAAAGACAGAGAACAAAAGUAGAUGGUAGGAAUCUCUCACCUGUCACCAUUUUUUUUUCUGCAAUAGGUUAUUCCACAAGGCACUAUAAAUCAGCUAUCAUCAAAUAAUGGAUGCCUUCUUGGAGGAAUUUGAGCAUCUUAAAAUCCGACUGGAAGAUAUAAAGUCAGCCACAUACAAUUUUGAUAUGAGCAACAUUAUCGGAAAAGGUGGAUUUGGAAUGGUGUACAAAGGAGUACUCUCUCACUUUAAGGAACAAAACAUAGUUGCCUUUAAACGUCUAGAUCGUAACUUUGGGCAAGGAGACCCUGAGUUCUGGAGAGAGAUCCUCAUGCUUUCCCAUCACACACAUAAAAACCUCAUCACUCUCUUGGGAUUUUGCGAAGAGGAUGGUGAGAAGAUCCUUGUGUACGAGUAUGCAUCUCGUGGAAGCCUCGAUCACCAUCUAAGUUGCAGUACUCUCAAUUGGAGGCAACGCCUCAAGAUAUGUGUCGAGGCUGCAACGGGACUGUGCUAUCUUCAUGAUCCCAAGGGGACACAACAAAGAGUUAUCCACCGGGAUAUUAAAAGUUCCAAUAUUCUAAUUGAUGAGAAUUGGAAUGCUAAAAUUUCUGACAUGGGAUUAUCGAAAAUAGGACCUGCUAAUCAGCAACACAGCUUUCUUGCCACCAAUGUUGUAGGUACCUUUGGGUACGUAGAUCCAACAUAUGCGGAGAAGAGCAUCUUAACAAAAGAGUCUGAUGUGUAUUCUUUUGGUGUGGUCUUAUUUGAAGUGUUGUGUGGGAGACUAUGCUUUGUGAAUAACAAUGGUCAUUUUGAGAGUUUAGUGGGAAUGUGGAAAAAGAGCUACAAACAAAAGAAUGUAGAUGCCAUUAUUUUUGAAGAUCUGAAACAACACAUGAAUCGAGAUUCUUUGGAAAUAUUCUCAGACAUUGCCUAUCAAUGUUUGCAAAAAUCUCGUGAAGGACGACCAAAGAUGUUGCAUGUUUUGGAACAGCUUGAGACCGCACUUUGCUCUCAGGAGAAGUUUGAAGAGGUGGAACAAGCAAUGGACUAUGAAGAGGAACUAAAGAUGUUUCUCUCCGAAGGAAUCUCUGCUCAUGGGGACGAAAUGCUAGCAGCACGCUUGGAUUUCAGGAAGAUGAAACAUGGGUGCAAGCAUUACCGUAGGCGAUGCAAACUCCGUGCUCCUUGCUGCAACAAGGUAUUUUGGUGCCACCAUUGCCACAACAAUUUUUCCAGUGUGUUUAACGGUCCCAAGGAAAGGCACAACAUUGUCCGGGGAGAUGUUCAGCAAGUUGUUUGUAUAAUUUGCAAUACGGAACAGCCAGUUGAUCAGAUUUGUGGUAAUUGUGGAGUGAAAAUGGGGGAAUACUUUUGCGGAAUUUGCAAGCUGUUUGAUGAUAAUACUUCAAAACAGCAGUUUCAUUGUAAUGACUGUGGGAUAUGCAGACUCAAUGGUCGUGAAAACUUCUAUCAUUGCGACAAGUGUGGGUGUUGCUAUGCAAAUCACAAACGUGGUUCCCACACUUGUGUGGAGAACGCAACGAAAAUUGAAUGCCCGGGAUGCCAUGAGUAUCUGUUUGAAUCCAGUAAGAAUAUAACAUUUAUGUAUUGUGGACAUACGAUACAUGUGGAUUGCUACUCGGCGAGGUUGAGAAAAAAUAAAACCAGCUGUCCUAUAUGCAAAACUUCGUCCCUUUUGGACAAGAAGGUAGCCAGGAUUAAACAAGGAGAUUGAUUAACUCUUGUCACUCAUUUGGAAGAGGAUACGUAUGUGGCCACCUCAGCCUACCGACUUUCACCAAAAAUUGAAUCAGCUUUGCAUUUUUGUUCCUAACUUGUAAUAGUAGAGUGCUAAGAGGAAUAUAAUUUGUAUUUUAGCUAAACCAUAGUACUCGAUCUUGAUAGAUGGAUCAAAAAAUAAUUGCUAAGAUUACAUAUGGAUGCUAAGUUGUUAUAGAAGCUACACCUUGACUGGCGGAGCUAGAAAUGUUGAUAGAGGUGGGGAUACACACAUGGUCGAAAUUCAAUAGUAUUUGUAUAAAAUUGCUUAAUAUUCAGGGA